AUGGGUGCUUACGUAUCUAAAGAGCAAUGUGAGGGUUUUCAUUCUGUGGAGCUGAACUGCACCAUACAAAAUGUUACUGUCACGAACCCAUAUCGCGUCAUUGGUGGCCUCAAUCACGGCGAGUUCGAACCAAAUCCAGAUAUUGCCGGCAUUGGGAUCCUCUAUGCAUUCUUCUCCGUUGCAGCUGUCGCGCUGCUCAUUAGCUUGAUCUAUCUUGUUCUUCAGACUACUCCGUUGAUGAAUUUUACUGGUCUCCACAGUAGUAAUCAUCAGCUACGAAACCCCAGCCGUGCGCGGGAGGGUCACUCCUAUAGAACCACCUGGGCCGACGUGUUCGAAGGUAUUAUCCUCAGCUGUAGCGACCAGCAAUUGUUCACAUCCGGUGCCUAUGCCUUGACACUCCGUUAUGCUCAAGGCUGCAAGAUCUCCGCCUAUCAUUACAAUGUUGUCGCCAACAUGAUGCUCAUUACUUGUGCGACACAUCUAAUGUCCAUCACUGUCGUCUCUCAGUACUGGAAGCACAAGUUGCUCGCCAUUUUGCGCAUUCUUCUUGUUACCGCACUAUAUAUUGUCACCGCUUUGCUCCUCUCUAACCAGAACGCCGGAUUAGAACUCCAAUGGCCGACAGCCACGCCUAAGCAAAACGAGACCGAAACUUUACUCGUUCUACCAGCGGCGUGCUUCCAAAGCAAUCGAGGGGCCGUGGACAAGACCCUGAAGGACAGCUUCGGCAGAGGUGGGCAACACCUAGCGGUGAACGCCAUUGGAAAAUCUAGCCCGAACAAUCACAUCGUAGGUUGGAACUUCUUCAUUCUUAUGGUCCUCUGGUACGGCGCCGCGAUAAUUGCUGAGGGAUGGCGUUUCUGGCUUCACUGGUACCAUCGCCGUGAUGACAUUCGGGGAAACGCGCCAAGUCGCUUCCCCCGACUUAGAGCCUUUUUAAGCAUUAGCAACAAAUGGAUCAGCAGGUUAUUUUGGGUAUAUCAAGCAGUUGGUACGAUAUUCUGCAUGGUAGCAAUCGUGAUGACCUUUCUUUAUAUCCAGAGUUUGAGAGGCUGGAUGAACAGAUCUCCUUGGCUGAAGAAGGAAGUGGACGGAACGAAUCCAGAGUACGACGCCACGAGUUUCGGACAGCUGGUGCCACUGCUACUAACCUUGUUGACGGUAUUCACUACCUUGCAACUUAUAGGGGAUAAGUUUAGUGAUUUCUGGCACCAAGAAAAAGGACCUGAUACAGAGGCAGCGCAGCACCUCAAUGCUGUUCAAGACACAAUCUCUCAGGAAAUGCCGGAAAAGAAGCACGACACAACGUUGCAGGAUUCGCAGCAGAAGAAGGACCAGACCACCGUCGAAGUCAUCUCGGUUCCUCCGACGCCUCUUCUGGAACUGAAUGAGCCAGAGUUUCUGAGCAAGUCACCGAGACCAACAAACUCAAAAACCCUGACGGCUCCUUUCAACAUCACCAUCAUUGCCGCCAGCCCAGCUGGCUCGGUCCUCGCCUGCUCGCUGCUCGGUACGGAUGCCGGAGGCCUCGUAUUCGAAGCAGAGGACUCAUUCGACGCUCGAGGCCAAGAUGGGACCUGGGAAUUGUACGAGGAGACAGGGUCGCUUACGCUGCAUGAAUGUGGGCUCUACGAUGAACAUCUUGGUACACCCUUUCCACGGAGAGACCAUCAAGGUCUAAACGUCGACGAGGACUUGAACCUCCAUUUCGCCAAUGGCAUCAAGAGGGGAUUCGACGUGGGCGCGGACGGGACAUGGAGCAAGCCUCCAUCUCUCCUCACGGACAAGAAACCUUACUACUCCGGUGUUUUCGGCAUGUUCUUUAAGAUUUCGGACUGUGAGGCCUGCUUCCCUGAUGUCCACAGUUUUAUCAACCGCGGCAGCAUUUUUUCCUCUUCUAACAGCCGCUCCAUCACCGCACAGCAAAUGGGCGACAAGUCCAUCUGGGUGGGCACCUCUAGUGUCAAGCCCGCAGAUUACGAGAACACCUGUGGGUAUGAUGUCUAUGAUGCGGAGCAGGCGAAGAAGGCACAACAACGACUACAUAUCGGGCAAAUCCCCUUGCACAUGCUCCCCGUCGGCCAUCGAUGGACGCGGGGCCCGGGCGUCACCCUGAUGGGGGACACUGCUUACCUGAUGACGUCGUAUGCAGGCGAGAGCGUCAAUCUGGCAAUGAAGGACGCCAUCAAUGUUGGCCGAGCUCUCAGUGAAACCCAAGUUGCCAGCACCAAGGGCGGGCUGGACAAGAAAGUCAAAGUGUUUGAGGAGGAAAUGUUUGUGAGGGCAGCCAAGGUGAGGGCGAUGAUCCCGAUGCUUCUCGGAAAAGGGGCGCAGAGGGCGACGAUUGGGAAGUCCAUUGUCAUCAACAUGACGGACGAGGAGGUACCUUGGUUUGCAAUGCCCAUUUUCAAAGUUUGGUCCAUAUUCUUCUUCUACAAGAUGGUAUACUAG